AUGAAUAUUAAAUUAGGGAAAAAGUUUAUUUUAGGUUAAUAAUAAAGUAGCGAUUCACCUAGCUAAAGGAGUUUCGUUUAGACAAAUAGAGGAAUAAAAUCACCUUUACAUAAUGCAGAAUAGGAAGAAAUACCUUAAUAUAUAUAGCCUCCUACUGAUCCAACAAAUAGCAUGCCAGUUCGUGAUUAGAUAAAUAAGUUAGAAAAUUUCUUGAAUGAGUUUGAAAGUGACUUAAAAUAGAGUAAAUUAGAUAUGGAAUAAAUUAGGUAAAGUUUUUCAAAAAUGGAAGAUAGUGCAAAAAAGUAGUGGGAUCUUCUUUUCGAAGAGUGUUCAUUAAAGGUAAAGGAAACAGGUGAUAGAAUAUACAAUAUUUAGUAACAAAUAAAUGAAAUGACAGAUAAAUAAGUAUCUGAUGUCCUGAUAUUAAGAGGAUAGUAUGAUGAAAAUGUUUAGUUUGCUAAAAAUUUAAAUUUAAAGGUAAAUGUUAUUGAAAAUGAUGUAGGAUUUAAGAUAGUCUACAAAUUUUGA